AUGACGCUUAAAGAAAAUCCAAGAUCUGAAAUGGGUUUCUCAGAUUCUCCUGCGAAUCAACAAUCCGAAGACGUAGAGGUUGAUAUAACCGAGUGUGGGAAUAACCAGAGAGAUGAGUUUCAAUCAGAGGAAGAAGAAGAAGAUUUGUAUCAAUCCUCUUCAAGCUCUUUUGGUGAUUCAAUGUGUGAUGAAGAUUCUGGCUUUGAAGCCCAAUCGAUGUUGAGCUUAGACUAUCCAUUCCCUGAGACCUUUGGUGGUGGUAGUGGUAGUGAUGGGACUGAUUUCUUGGGGUUGAGGAAGAAGAAGCUGACUGAUGAUUGGAGGAAGUUUUGUCAGCCGCUAAUGUGGAGAUGCAAAUGGUUAGAGCUCAAGGUUAAGGAAAUCGAGUCUCAAGCGAAUAAGUAUGAGAGAGAAGUUAGAAAGUACUAUGAGAACAAACAGUUUGUUCUGGAGAAGUCUAAAUUCGAAGGCUUGGAUGGAAAGUCGAUUCCUUUCCGUGAUGAUCAGACUCAGAGGAUGAAUGUUUUCAAGAGAGGAAGAAGGAGACGAGUGGAAGAUACAACUGAUGUUGCUGCUUUUAUGCCUAACCAUAAUGUGUUCUCUUAUUCAGAGAAGCGGAAGCCAACAGCUCUUAGAGCUCAGUGUCCUGAUCCAGAUUUUGGUACAGGGCGCAAAGCUACUGGCAAGGAAGAUGAGACUGAAGAAGAUUGUCUUGUUUCUGAGUUAGAUUGUUCUGAGGAUUACCUAGCAAAGAUUCUUUGCAAGAUUGAUGAGGCGCAGGAGAGAGCAAAGAGAUUGAGGAAGCGUAUUGAUCAGUUGGUACCUGAAACUGUACCGUUGUUGCCUCCUCCAACAAUGGCUCGGUCUCGGAGUGACCUGACGGUACAAGUUGGUAAGCAAGAUGAAGCUCUUGUAGAAGAGCCGUUGAUGGUAGCUCAAGCGACAGUGCAAAUCGGAAGGCAACGUAUAUCUGCUGAUAAUACUGAAGAUGUAGUGAUGCUUCUGCCUCAAGCUCCUUCCUCUCAGAUUGAUGGUCAGUGUUUGAAUAACAUCUCUCCACUUCCUGGAUGCUUCAGAUCUCACCAACUCCUUGAAGACCUGUUUAUGGAUGAACCAGAGAUGGAGGGUGAUGAAACAGAAAUGGGGGAAGAGAAGCUUGAUCUUUUCAAGAAGCUAAUGGAUUCGUUUGCAGACCCCUCAGAAGAAGCUGAUGAAGAAGAAGAAGAUCCUACACCUGUCACUAAGAAGCAAAAAACCUCUAAGUGA